AUGGACGACGAUGGGCUGCUCAUGAACUUUGCGGCCCCACAGCCUGUGAGCAGAGCCAGUCGCACGCAGGUCAGGAAAGGUGCUGCUCAGUCUCGAGCAAUUCGAAGUGGAGCGCCUCAUGCCAAACGACAGAGCAACGGCGAUGCUUCAAUGAGCUCAGACACCUCCGUUUUAGCGUCUCAAAGCUGGGCACAGCAUGCAGCCUCAUCAAGUGCAUCGGCUCCUCCCUCGACGAGUCUCGCGGCACACCCCCCUUUCAGCUCUCGACCUGAUCAACCAGCUCUCAAGCGCCCUCGUCUCUCGGAUGCGGGAGGAAGUGUCCGAGCUAAUGGCCUCAGUGCCGAACAUGACAUUUCAGACCUUUCGGAACGGCCAGGUAGACGAAGGAUCAAGACAGCUGCGGCUGCGUCCGCGUCUGCUCGUCCUCAAGGUUCUCAGCUAGGCAGCGGAGCAGGCAGACCUGGUGGCGGAAGUGGGGCCGGCAUCGUAUCUUCUCUCUUCACGGGUGACGCUAGCAGCGGACCAAAUGGUCACACCUUCGCCGAGGGAACCACACCUGUCCGCAAUGCCAGGCCUACCAACGCCCCUCUUGACAGCUCGACCUUCUCGGGUCUGGCGCUCGAUCCGCUGAUAGUGCGCCAUCUCUCUGGCAGGAUGGAUAUAGGCUCGAGACCUACAGCUAUCCAGAGGACCGCACUGCCAGCUCUAAUGUCCUCUUCCUCUUCCUCCGAAGCGUUUCCGACGUACGACAAGGCGACUGCGAAGGACGUCUUGAUUCAUGCGCAGACGGGAUCUGGAAAGACACUGGCGUACCUCUUGCCCAUCCUGCAGAGCUUGCUGCCCCUCUGCGCAGACGCUGCCAGCUGGAUAGACAGGAACGUUGGUACCCUCGCUAUCGUCCUCGCUCCCACACGAGAGCUGGCAAGGCAGAUCUACGAGGUGGCUGAGAAGCUGUUGGCUCUGCACUUGAGUGCACGAAGUGGCGACAGGACCGAUGACCGCGAAGCAGCCGCGAUGGCUGGAGAGGAGGCUGUUGAAGGUGUGCAAGACCCUUCGCGCCGCCGCACGAGGUGGAUUGUACCCGGCUUGCUUUCAGGAGGAUCUACCAAGAACCACGAGAAGUCCAAAUUGCGAAAGGGACUACCCAUCAUCGUCGCGACUCCCGGUCGCCUGCUGGAUCAUCUACAGAACACCAGCACUUUAGACGUGGGUAGGCUUCAGUGGCUGGUGCUGGACGAGGCCGAUCGAUUGCUCGAGAUGGGCUUCAAAGAGACCCUGGACGCCAUACUACGGGCUCUGGAUGGUCGUAGAAGAUUGGCCAGAGAGACAGCAAGGAAUGUCAUGCUGGAGAAUGGGGGCGCAGCGAAUGACGAGCCUACCGACGCGAUGGGCAUACAGUGGUGGAAAGCUCCAAGGAGGACAGUGUUGUGUAGCGCUACAUUGGACGAAAAUGUGCAGGUACUUGCAGGCACUGCUUUGGUGACGCCCAUCGUCGUCAGGGCCUUGGCCGACGGUUACGAGCCAAAAGACGCCUCAGCACCUUUGGCAAUUAGAUCCGUUUCUACAUCUUCGGAGGCCGAUCUCGUUGCAAUCGCCAAGACGGAGGCGCAACCUCAAGCAACCUUGUCUGCUCCAGCUCAGCUUCGCCAACACUUUGUCAUCACGCCUACCAAGCAGCGUCUUGUGAUGCUACUAGCGCUUUUGCGCAAAGCCAUCUCGAGCGCUACUUCGACUGAUGGGACGCCUGCAGCUACUCGACGGGUCAUCGUUUUCAUGUCUUGCACAGACUCAGUCGACUUGCACUGGAACGCCAUGGGUGGAGUCAACAUGGAUACACAAGAUGGUGCAGAGGAGCGGUCCACAACAGAGAGCGACGCAGGGACACCGAACUCAAUCGUUGGUCAGACUUGUCAGCUCCUGCCUGAUGCGCGAGUGUACCGCCUGCAUGGUUCGAUGCCUCAAGCGGACCGCAUAUUGAGUCUGAGGACUUUUUCGAAGAAUGCGCCCUCCAACGGUGGCGCCUGCAAAGCUUCAAUUUUGCUCUGCACGUCUGUAGCUGCUCGAGGGCUGGAUCUGCCCGAUGUAGGCACCGUUAUUCAACUUGAUCCGCCGACCGACUCGGGAGCAGACGAGUACCUGCAUAGGAUUGGCAGAACUGCGAGAGCAGGUCGCAACGGACAAAGCUGGCUGAUGCUACUCCCUCACGAGCGAGAAAUUGUGUCCAGACUGGAAGAGAAUAUGCGCUCUGGCGAUGCAAAAUUUAAAGACGCUCAGAAGCAUUUGCACGAAGCGGAUCCGAGGUCGACUUUGAGAAACGGAUUCGGGGGAAGGGGCGACGAGUAUGAGGCCCGGGCUACGGAUGCGCAAUUGGCGUUUGAGCGUUGGGUCAUGAGCAGUGAGAAGGUGAGUACCGCAAAGCGUCCCAAACGUUACUCUGAAGCUCUGCACCAUGCUGAAUGAUAUUUCCGGACGUUCUCGGCAGGCUUCGACAAUGGCGCGCUCGGCGUUCAUGUCCCACAUUAGGGCUUACGCGACACAUCCAGCUUCUAACAAGGACAUCUUUUCCAUCGGCGCUUUGCAGUUGGGUCAUUUGGCCAAAGCGUUUGCCCUCAGAGAAGCGCCUGCAACAAUCAAGGCCAAAGCGAGAAGCAGCGGAUCUGCGUCCAAAUUGAACACAAGCAAGAAGCGCAAACUCGAAGUGAAAGAAGAAGCCCAUAGAAAGGACAAGAUCCAAAAGAUGCAGCAGAAAGCGCAGGACUUGGCCAAGUCGGGACGAGAGGACGCGCGCGAUGGCCCUAGGGAAGAGGAGGAGGAAGAUUCGGACGAUCCAGCUGCUUUUGCCCGGUCGGCCGCUCGCAAACAUGCGAGACAUAGCCUGCCCAAAGCUGAUGCUCCGACCAAGGACGUGCCAACGAACAGCGCCGAGGCGAGGAUGUACGCCAAGGUCAGAGCUCUGGGUAGGGAAACCAGAAAGGGAGGCGUGCUUGGUGCUCAUGCAGCUGAUGAAUUCCAGCUCGGGUGA